AUGAAACAGAGCAAGAAUCAACUUCGCAGGGCGCGGAAAAAGUCUCAAAAGGCCGAGGCUGCUGGUGAGGCCGUCGGCGAUGCUUCUCAAGAACAACAAACCCCGUUACCUCCAAUCCCCGAAAUCACAAAGGCACAAGCGUCAAUUAUCCCUACUGAUGAGGAUUCCCCGGAGAACGAUGAUUCAUUAUGGGAGAUGUACAAGGGCAUCGUCAGUAAAUUUGACGAGACAGCCGGAGAGGAUGCUAUAACCAAGGAAUCUGAGAAGCCAGAAGUCUACUUUGACGAUGCAGACGAUAUCCCGGAUGAAGAGCAAGAGCAGGAACCCAAGGUAUCGAAGAAGAAGCGCAAGGAGCUCAACAAGCUAUCUGUGGCCGAACUUAAGGCCAUGGUUCGAAAGCCUGAAAUCGUGGAAUGGACAGAUACAUCUGCAACUGAUCCUCGACUUCUGAUCCAUAUUAAGGCUCAUCGCAAUGUGGUUCCGGUUCCUCUACACUGGUCGCUCAAGCGAGAGUACCUCUCCUCCAAACGAGGUGUAGAGAAGGCGCCAUUCGCUCUCCCAAAGUUCAUCCAGGAAACUGGCAUUGCGGAAAUGCGCGACGCUGCUUUGGAUAAGCAGGAUCAGUCGAGCUUGAAACAAAAGCAACGUGAAAGAGUUCAGCCUAAAAUGGGACGCUUAGACAUCGACUAUCAGAAGCUCUACGAGGCCUUUUUCCGCUUUCAAACCAAACCUGAACUGACUCGUUAUGGAGAGAUCUAUUAUGAGGGCAAGGAAUAUGAAACCAAUCUCAAGCACCUUCGCCCAGGCGAGUUGAGUGAUGAACUUAAAGAGGCCCUUAAUAUGCCCCCGGGAGCCCCUCCGCCAUGGCUCAUCAACCAGCAACGUUAUGGACCACCUCCGUCCUAUCCUGCCUUGAAAGUUCCUGGUCUAAAUGCACCGCCCCCUCCAGGUGCCAUGUGGGGAUACCACCCUGGAGGGUAUGGAAAGCCUCCUGUUGAUGAACAUAACCGGCCGCUUUACGGAGGUGACAUCUUUGGAGUCUUACAACCCCAGCAAAAUGCCCAACAAGGAGAACCGGUCGAGAAAGAUCUCUGGGGAGAAUUACAGGCAUCUGAUGAAUCCGAGGAGAGCGAGGAAGACGAGGAUGAUGAAGAAGAGGAGGAGGACGAUGAUGAGGAGGAGGCUGAAGCUGGGACCCAAUCCCCUACUGGUCUUGAUACGCCCAGUGGCAUGGCUUCGGCGGCACCGUCUGAAUUUGUAGGAACAGAAAGUGUUGCUGGUGAAUUCGACGUUCGAAAGCAUCAUCGGGGCACAGAAACCGAAGAGAGUGUUCACCCUCGGAGUGCAUACCAGGUUAUACCAGAGAAACAAACAAACGUACAGGGGUUCUUUGGAGGAGAUCGAGCCUACGAUCUCAGUACGUCAUCUGGCAAGCCUCCACUUCUCGGAGUUGACGAUCAAACUCGAAAACGCAAGAAGCCUGGUGAUGUGGAUGUCUCCGUGGACUUGGAUGCGAUUCAGGCCGGCGAUGGUCUCAGCAAAGAGAGCCUUCAAAAUAUGUAUGAAGUGCAACGACAGCAGCAAAACCAGCCGCAAUGGGGAUUUCAAGAGGAUCUCAGUGACAUGAUUGCGCAAGAGAGCCGCAAGCGAUUGCGCAAAGAAGAAGAGCGACGUGGCAAGCACUAA